AUGCAUCCUCAUGAAUGGGUGUCAAGUUGCUUACAGUUUGUAAAAUUUUCCCAAAACAUUGGCGAUAAUUGGGAAUUGGUCACUAGUGAAUCCAAGGAAAUUUAUAUUUGUUCGAAGAAAAUGACUCGAUUCAAAGUGAACGCUCAAGCGCCCGGAUUGGGAGCGGAAUUCGCCGAGUUUACCGAUAUUGAUCCUUCGUGCGCAACCGUUUCGUUUGAAAAGAACGAACAAUUCUUGGUCGAAUAUCAUGUUGUAUACAGCGUGAGCUACCAGGUGCCAGUAUUGUACUUAAACAUACAAGAUUCAAGGGGCCAAACUAUAGACUUGCAAACUGCGUGGCUGUUGCUGGAAACUUUGAAGGAGAUCGGUUCAAAAGGGGCCUAUUGUACCCUAACGCAAAUGGAGCAUCCCAUCCUCCAGCGGCCGUUCUUGUGCGUGCAUCCAUGCAAGACACACGAAAUAAUCGACAGCCUUCCUAACAGCAAGCAGUCGAUAGUGACUUUUCUGUCGACCUACGGCCCAUUUGUGAAACUAUAUUUAGAUGGGCAAUAUGCGUGUAUUUGAUAAAAAGCAAUUGAACAGUGUAUAGUGUGAAACUUGGUAAACUACGGGCAGUAGAAAAGGGUAAGGAAUCAAG